AUGUAUGAUAUGUUGAAUAAUUGGGAACAAAGUGAGGACUUGAAUUUUCAAGCUAUGGCCAUUGCAAUGAAAAAAAAGUUUGAUAAGUAUUGGGGGGAUGUGGAUAAGAUGAAUAAGUUCAUUUAUGUUGCUCUUCUUCUCGACCCUCACUCUAAGAUGGUCAUUGUUGAAUUGACACUAACGGAUAUGCAUGGACCGGAAAAGGGUACAAAACUUGCUAAUGAUGUGAAGGAGUUCGUGCAGGGUUCGGAAUACGAAGAUGGUGCCGACGAUGUGAAUUAUAGUGCGCAUUUUGCCACAGACACGUUGUUUCCAACGUUUGAUGAGGCAGUUAAUUGGGCGAAUGCUGUUGCCGUAAAUUUGGGUUUUCUUUUGGUUAAAUCGUCUUACAACAAAACCAGAGACGGUCGGUCGUACCGGUAUUUGAGGUGUGAUAGGGGCCGAAAGAGCCAGCCGAGAGAUCUUGAGAAUGCAAUUAGGAGGGACACCAAAACCAAAGCAAUUGGUUGUCCUUUCUACAUCAAGAUUUAUUAUGUCUUCGUCACCGACAGUUGGAAGAUCCGGGCCAAGAAUGAUGCAACUGGGACCCAUAACCAUCCAAUGAUUGUCUAUCCGGAAGGUCAUCGUAAGAUCAGUGGCUUGAGCCCGGAUGCGAAGAAGGUUGUCCAGGACAUGACAAAGUCCAAGGUUGCACCGCGGAACAUCAUGGCGACAAUUGCUGAGCAAUUUCCCGAUGACCAUCCAAACAUCCGACAUAUCUACAACUGUCGGAAUGACUUGAGAGCGGAGAUGUCUGAUGGGAGAGGAGUUGUUCAGCAAUUUCUGCAUUUGGCGAGAGAGAGCCGGUAUAUUUACUGGGUCAUGUCUGAUGAUGUCAGCGUUCUGCAGCAUGCGUUUAUGGUGCACCCGAUCACGGUGAACAUACUACGGACGUACCCGUAUGUGAUCGGCAUGGAUUCGACAUACAAGACCAACCGAUACGGGAUGCCGUUCUUUGAGAUAGUCGGUGUGACACCGACAAAUCAGAAUUUCCUCGUCGGUUAUGUGUUCAUGCGCAACGAGUGCACGGGAAGCUACCGGUGGGUUCUACAGAGAUUAAGAGAGUUGAUUGGGUAUGAUAAGGAGCCGUCGGUAUUUCUGACAGACCGUGAGCUUGGACUUUGUGCGGCAUUGAGAGAAGAGUUUCCCGGGACGUCGCAUUUGCUUUGUCGGUGGCACAUUAACAAAGAUGUGAAGGCUCGGGUCACUAGUAUGUUCAAGAACAAGAAGAUUGGGGCGCAAUUCAAAAACGGUCCUUGGAAACGUAUCAUGGAUGCCACGACUGAGGCGGAUUAUAACUCAGCUGUAGACAGAAUGAAAAUCCGGUGGGCCAGUUUUCCAAAUGUGAUUAGUUAUGUCGAGAGAACCUGGCUUUGUCAUAAGACCAAAUUCGUCACAUUCUGGACGAACCAGGCGAAAAUUUCAUCAGCAUUGAUCUAG